GGGGUGCGGGUCCGGGCGCUCAGUGCGCUAUUCCCGGCGGCGUUCCUGGUAACAUUCCCGGCGGCACCCCUUGCCGCUAUGGAGCUCGCCUGCCAGGCGCUGAAAACCACCCACCAGGCGAGGGAAGCGGAAGAGAUGCGAACAGAAGCUCGUCGGAAAAAUCUCCUCAUUCUAAUUUUGCAUUAUUUAAUGGAGAAAGGAUAUGUUGAUGCUGCAAAUGCUUUGGAACAAGAGACAAAAUUAGGUUUACGUGGCUUUGAAGUUUGUGACAACAUUGAUCUUGAGACAAUUUUGAUGGAAUAUGAAAGCUACUAUUUUGUAAAAUUUCAAAAGUAUCCUAAAAUUACCAAAAAGGUCCUCGACACUGCAGAAAAUAAACAACAGCUGAGAAGUGGAGGAAGAGCAAGAAGGACAGCAGCUUCUUCUCAGAAUGUACCAAGGGUCAAACAGCAGACAAUGCAACGAUCAAUAUCAAAAACUUCAGCUGGGAGUACAGGAGAACCUAAAUCCUCCACCAAGGAGAGCCCCAGACAGAAUAGUGAUGGUGCAGAUACUCUGGAUCAAUCUGAUUUUGGCUUAAGCAUCUCAGGAAUUGGCAAAACUGGAGGAGACAGCUCUCACCCAAGAAAGGGCCAAAUAAUUGACUACCGCAAGAUGAUUCAGGAUGCUGUCAGAGUGCCACCAGAUGGAAUUCCCUUGAACAGCCUUAAUUGUGAUCCAGAUCCAUCAGAACGAUUAUUGAAGCCUCUUAGUGCUUUUACUGGCAUGACUGGUGAGAUGAGAGAACUUGCAGUGGUUGUAAGCAAAGACAUUUAUCUCCAUAAGCCAAACGUGAAGUGGGAUGAUAUUAUAGGGCUGGAUGCAGCUAAAAGGCUGGUCAAGGAAGCAGUUGUUUACCCCAUAAAGUAUCCAGAGCUGUUUACUGGCAUUCUGUCUCCUUGGAAAGGAUUGUUGCUGUAUGGACCACCAGGUACUGGAAAAACUUUGCUUGCUAAGGCUGUUGCCACAGAAUGCAAUACAACCUUUUUCAACAUAUCAGCAUCCACCAUUGUCAGCAAAUGGAGGGGCGAUUCAGAAAAACUUGUCCGGGUGUUGUUUGAGCUCGCCCGGUACCACGCUCCUUCCACAAUUUUCCUGGAUGAGCUGGAGUCAGUUAUGAGUCAGAGAGGCACUGUUCCAGGUGGUGAACACGAAGGAAGUCGGCGGAUGAAAACGGAAUUACUGGUGCAGAUGGAUGGCUUGGCCCGAUCUGAUGAUCUUGUAUUUGUUUUAGCAGCUUCCAAUCUGCCAUGGGAACUGGACUCUGCCAUGCUGCGGCGGCUGGAGAAGAGGAUCCUGGUGGACCUGCCGAGCGAGGAGGCGCGGCGGGUGAUGAUCCAGCACUGGCUGCCCCCUCUGAGCAACAGCGGCGGCGUCAAGCUCCGGACAGAGCUGGACUACAGCCUGCUGAGCCGGGUGGGCAGGGCUGCAGCUGCUCCAGGGCUGGGACAGCACCUCAGCGUGCAGACACUGCCACACAGCGAGCUGGGCACCUCCUCAGCUCACCUGGGAACCAGCGAGAGCGGCACUGGUGGGACCUGGGGCUGGGCACGGCACACACACACACACAGACACACACAGACACACACAUACACACAGAGACACAGAGACACACACAAGCAGAGAGACACAGACACACACAGCUGCACACACUCACACACAGAGGCAUGCACAGAGACACACACAGAGACACACACACAUACAGACACACAGAGACACACACAAGCAGAGAGAGACAGACACACAGCUGCACACCCACACACACAGACACACACACAGACACACAGACACACGUGGAAAUCGCCAUCAUCACACAGCUCUGCCUGCAACACGGUGUGUGCUGGCCAUCUCUGCUGGGCCAGCUUUUCAGCCUUAAAUACAGGGAGACAUCCAGCAACAGCAGAUUUUAUCACUGUUCUCACCAAGCUGGGAACACUUCCAAUUCAUCAGGGUAAUGAACAGUUAAUUGUGAAGGGAGGGUUUGUCACAGCUCCACUGCUGUGGCACAGAAAGAGCAUUUGGUAGCGAAGAGAUUCACUAGGUACCCCAGCUUCCUUCGUGUAGCCCUUUGUCACAUCCUGGAUUCUUUGGAAACAGAAUCCUAGAAUGGUUUGGGCUGUAAGGGACUUCAGAGAUAAUCUUGU